AUGGUACCGUACUUGGAGUUAAGUGAGGGCACAUUCAAUGCAGAGCAGAGUCUUCAUGUCAGUGGCAGCCAAUCCACCCCUUCCCAAGCAGGAUGGCCCAGGCAUACCUCUCUAUCACUUCACUCCAGAACUGGAGAACCGGGGGCAACUCUGGACCUCAGUUUGGAUGACUUUAUCCCUUCACAUCUCCAAAAAUCUGUGAACAACAGCUUGAGCCCAAUAUCCCCCAGGGCGACAUCUACUCCGCAGACUGUGCAGGCCCCCAUUCAUCGCAGAGUGCCUGUGAUUCGUCACUGUGGCUCUAAUACCCUGAAUUUUGAGUUCCAUGACACAAGCCCUCGAACUGUGAACAAUGGGAUGUCACAGCCACGGAAAACAGCCCAAUGGAAAUCUGCAAGCAACUGGUACCAAACCUGGCCUGCUAAAGAAAUUAGACCACUGAAAUCUCAAGCAGCAGCACCUGUUCCCCACCUGGCCAAUUCAUCCACAAGCCCAGUUGUCAGUGGUGCCUCACAACCAAACUGGUCAGCCACCUGGACAAUGGAUGGCAGGAGAAAGGGGAAACGCUGGGUGAAGUAUGAUGGAAUUGGACCAGUGGAUGAGUCUGGGAUGCCCCUUGCCUCGCGAUCGAGCGUGAAUAGCCCCCGAGACUGGUACCGCAACAUGUUCCAGCAGAUCCAUAGCAAACUCCCUGCAGAAAUGAAAGCUGUCUUCCUUUCCCCUGUGGAAGCAGCUAUUGUUUCUGUAUCUGCCCGGCAUUUUCUCUUUCGGCGGGUGCUUUUCUCCUCUGCUGUUUCCCGAUUAGCUUUUGCAAGACUGGGACUUCUGCUACAGCUCCAGAGGUAG